AUGCUUGAGGGUACUUUGAACUAUGGGUACAGUUCUUUGUAUAAAAUACAUUUAUUAUUAAUUGACAUUAAAGUAUUAGAUUUAAUGUUAACAGUUAGUUCAAAUUUGGAUAAAUAUGAUGGAAAAUCGUUAACAUUUGCUAUUACGGAUGCUAUUGCUGAACAAUUCAAAAAGAACGAUAGUCAACUAAAUCUAACAAGAGAUCCAAUGAGUGAAAUUGGAAAAAGUUUGGAUAAUUUAGAAAAACAUUAUUGGCUUGCAGGUGGAACGUUGUUAGGAUGGUAUCGACAUUGCGGCUUAAUUCCAUUUACCCAAGAUGUCGAUUUUGGGUUGUAUGCAGAAGAGUAUGAUGAAAAUAUACGCAAUCAUUUUCUUGGACAUAGACCUUCGUAUCUAUGGGGCGCAUUGGGACUGGUUAAUGAUUCAUUGGAAUUUCGUUUACAUACUGGUAAAUUAACAGUGGAUUUAUUUUGGGCUUACAAAGAGGGCGAUCAUCGAUGGUGUGGAUAUCAAGUUCAGCGAACAAAAUUCAGACGCACAUUACCAUUACUAUCUGAGCUAUGUUCUGGUGAUUUAUUUGGUUAUCGCUUUUCAAUACCAUGCGACCCUGUAGAAUAUUUAAAUAGUGAAUAUGGCAUGAAUAAAUGGAAUUUACCAUUAAAAACAGGUUAUUCAUGGAUAAAUUUAAAAAUUCAUUCCGUUUGGAAUAAUGUUGCUUGGCUGUACGCAACUCGUCUGUAUACGCGUGACGGAAAAUUGAGAUCAGAUGCAUUCGCGAUCAAUUGGAUAUCAAAAUAUUAUAACUACACAAUAGAGACUAUUCCGACAUUUUUAAACAUCGUACCGGACGAUCCGCCACCACUCGGUCCAUUAAAAAAGGUCUUGGUGUAUAACACUCCACCCACUCGUAAACCAACGCCCGUCACACAAAUAAAGAACAAAAUUAUUGUAACAAUUAAAAAAAUGACGUCGAAUUAA